AUUCUGCUGGCGUUGGCUGCGCUCGCCACCGCCAGGCCAAAAGCAGGUCAGCCAAACCAGAAGUGUAAGUCUGGUCCGGUGGAUCUGGUCUUCAUCAUUGACAGCUCUCGCAGUGUUCGGCCUCAUGAGUUUGAGACAAUGAGAAAGUUCAUGAUUGAUAUCCUCAACACUUUGGACAUCGGUCUCAAUUCAACCAGAGUGGGAGUGGUCCAGUACUCAAGCAAGGUCCACAAUGAGUUUUCUUUGAAGUCCCACUCCAAACUGGAAGCCAUGGUGAAGGCCAUCAAUGAGAUCAUUCCCUUGGCCCAGGGCACCAUGACCGGCCUGGCCAUCAAAUACGCCAUGAACGUAGCCUUCAGCACCGAGGAGGGAGACAGGCCCAAGGCGCCCAACGUGGCUGUGAUCGUGACGGACGGCCGUCCCCAGGACCGUGUGGCGGAGGUGGCGGCCGAGGCCAGAGAGAAGGGCAUUGAGAUCUAUGCAGUGGGCGUGGCCAGAGCUGACAUGGCAUCCCUCAGAGCCAUGGCCUCCCCGCCUUUCGAGGACCACGUCUUCUUGGUCGAGUCAUUUGAUCUGAUUCACCAGUUUGGACUGCAGUUCCAGGAUAAGCUCUGCGGUGUGGACCUGUGUCUGGAAUCGGACCACGGCUGUGAGCACAUCUGUGAGAGUUCCCCGGGCUCUUACCAGUGCCUGUGUCUGCCUGGGUACACCCUGAACGACAAUGAGAAAACGUGCACAGCCAUAAACCUGUGUGCUGAGGGGAAACAUGACUGUGAGCAAAUCUGCGUCAGCUCUCCUGGCUCCUUCACCUGCGACUGCAACAAGGGAUACACGCUAAACAAUGAUAAAAAGACCUGCACGAUGAUCGACUACUGUUCGUUCGGGAACCACAGUUGUGAUCACGAGUGUGUGAGCGUGCUCAAUGGCUACCACUGCCGCUGUAACGAGGGAUACAGGCUGCUUGAAGAUGGCAAGACCUGCCAGCCCAUAGACCUGUGUUCUGAGGGGAAGCAUGACUGUGAGCAAAUCUGUGUCAGCGCACCAGGCGUCUACACCUGCGGCUGCAACGAAGGAUACACACUCAAUGAAGAUGAGAAGACCUGCACACCCAUAGACCUAUGCGCAGAGGGGAAGCAUGACUGUGAGCAAAUCUGCGUCAGUGCGCCAGGCGUCUACACCUGCGACUGCAACAAAGGAUUCAAACUCAACAAAGACAAGAAGACCUGCACAAACAUGGACCUGUGCAACACCGUAGAGCAUGGCUGCGAGUACCAGUGUGUGAGCACCCCUGGAUCUUUCUACUGCAUCUGCCCUGAGGGACAACUGCUGCAGGAGGACGGCAAGAACUGUGGCACCUGCAAGUCAGCCAACAUUGACCUGGUGCUCCUGAUUGACGGAUCCAAGAGCGUCCGCCCUCAGAACUUCGAGCUGGUCAAAAAGUUUGUCAACCAGGUUGUGGACUCUCUAGAUGUGUCGGCCCAUGGCACCAGGGUGGGUCUGGUCCAGUACUCCAGUCGGGUCAGGACGGAGUUCCCUCUGAACAUGUACCACACUGCCGAUGAGAUCAAAGCUGCCGUCAUGAAGGUGGACUACAUGGAGAAAGGCACCAUGACAGGCCUGGCACUGAAACACAUGCUGGAAAACAGCUUCUCAGAGGCCGAGGGCGCCCGGGGGCCAAGUCGCAACAUCCCACGAAUUGGACUGGUCUUCACAGACGGGCGCUCCCAAGAUGACAUCACGGAGUGGGCCAAGAAAGCAAAAGAAGCUGGUAUCACCAUGUAUGCAGUGGGUGUUGGUAAGGCUGUGGAGGAUGAGCUUCGUGAGAUCGCCUCAGAGCCUGUGGAGAAACAUUUCUACUACACUACCGACUUCUCCGCCAUCAACACCAUUGCAGACAACCUUAAACUCAACGUCUGCCCAGAGGAGAGCCAGGGAGAGAUUGAGGUGAAGGACCCCUGUGCCUGUGAGAGCUUGGUGGAGUUCCAGCAGGCCACCAUGAGCACCCUGGAGCAGCUCACACAGAAAUUGACGGGCAUGACGGCUCGUCUGGAGGACCUGGAGAACCAGCUGCUCUCGAGGAAAUGAAGCGGUUGUAAAGAUGACCCAACACGAAGUCGUA